AUGGGUGAGACAUCGGUAUCACCUGUGAUAGAGACUGGGUCUCGAGAUCGUGUAGCUGGGGACGACUCACUGUCCCAAGCCAUGCUACAGAUUUUAAAGAGGGUCGCUGGGCCUAACGCUAGAACUAAGGGCCGAGGGAGUGUCGCUGGAGUCACCCCUAACGUGGCUGAGUAUUGGAUGGAGGCCACGGAAAGAAUUAUGGUUGACCUGGAUUUUACUGCUAAGAAGAAGCUCAAGGGAGCUGUAUCUCUGCUUCGUGAUGAGGCGUACCAGUGUUAUAUCAACGUUAGAAGAUGGGAGUUCCUUAAUCUCACCCAGGGUGAUCGAUCAAUGGCUGAGUAUGAGGCCGAAUUUUUAAGACUAAGCCGUUAUGCGCGAGGCAUGGUGGCAUCUGAAUAUGAGAGGUGUGUCGGUUUUGAGGACGGCCUUAGGGACAGCUUGAGAGUGCUGAUAGCUUCGCAGAGGGAGUGUGAAUUUGUUAUUCUGGUCGAGAAAACUAAUAUUGCUGAGGAUCUUAAGCACGUGGAACGCCAUCCGAGCGAGUGUUGGAGGACUACCAGGGCAUGCUUGAGAUUUGGGUCCACUGAGCACCGUGUUCGAGAUUGUCCAUUGAGAAUUGAUGAGAUGCAAGCUUCGGUUACUGGGACUGCACAGCUGCCAAGGAGAUACUCUGGACGUCAUUACAGAUACGUUUUUACUUUAUAUGUACCUUACCUUGCACUGAUAGACAUAGGAUCUACCCACUCAUAUGUAGCUAGUACUGUGUCUGAAACUUUGGGGAUUCCAAUCGAGAGUAUUGAUAGUGAGGUAAUGGUGUUAAGUCCUUUGGGGCAAUCCAUCCGGGUUAGUAAAUUGUAUAGAGAUGUUUCGUUAGAGGUCCAAGAGACAGUAUUUAUGGGUGAUCUAAUGAAGCUUCCAUUUGGGGAGUUUGAUCUGAUUUUGGGAAUGGACUGGCUGGUUAAACAUCGGGUAAGUUUGGAUUGUGCAACGAAAAGGGUUAUCUUGAGGACCGAGGAGAACAAUGAGGUAAUGGUGAUUGGGGAGCAACGAGACUACCUGACUAAUGUGAUCUUAGCUUUGGUAGCGAAAAAGUUAGUUCGGAAUGGAUGUCAGGCAUUUUUGGCCUACGUCAGUAUUUCAGGUUCUAAGGACUCUUCGGUUAAGGACAUUAGAACUAUGAGGGAUUUUUCAGAUAUUUUUCUAGAGGAACUACCGGGGUUGUCUCCGAGCUGUGAGGUAGAGUUUGGGAUUGAGUUGAUUCCGGGUACAGCUCCAGUGACUAUCGCCCCUUACCGAAUGGCACCGAAGGAGCUUACAGAGCUUAAGGCUUAG